GAGAGACAGAGAGAGAGAGAGCGGUUCGACGGAGAGAGAGGAGCUACAGCGCAAAUAAUCCAAAUAUCGUUUUUAUAACGUCAGUAUUGACCCCAUACGGAUACCAGCUUGGGAUUGAUAUAAUCGAUCUUGUGGAUUGAAAGGCUUGGAAAGUUGCCUUGCUGAGUGGGGUUGGUGGAUCAGAGUACAAAUUAGUGUCAUCUGACCUGUCAAGGGGAAAUAAACAGCACAGGGUGGAUGAAAGUAUUUAUCAGUAAAGAUGUUGACUUUCAGCAUUGGGUGUCCCAUCUCUUUUCAUCUUCUGGCUACAUAAAACCACGUGUUCAGCUCCAAAGAAGUGAUCUGUUAUUUCUGAGAUGGCAACAUUUAUACUGCUGAUAAUCCUAAUGAGAGCCUUCAUAGUCCAUACAAUCACAUGUCAUCUAACAGAAUACAGGAUAGGAAAUGAGUGCUGUCCGAUGUGUCCUCCUGGGCGUCGGGUUGAAACAGACUGCACAGAGUUCAUACGUACAUCCUGUCUGCCUUGCUCUGCUGGGACUUACAUGGACGAGCCAAAUGGUCUGAAGAAAUGCUCUCCAUGUUCUACCUGUGAUUCAGAAGCUGGUCUGAAGGUAAAGAGAGAAUGUAGACGCGCUGCAGACACAGUCUGUGAACCAAUGGAGGGAUUCUUCUGUACAGACCUUAAACCAGGAGGCUGUGGUGCAGCACAGAGACACAGGAGCUGUAAACCAGGACAGUUCAUCAGGAGGACAGGAACAGCCUCCACAGACACAGACUGCUCUGACUGCGUCGCUGGAACGUUUUCUAAUGGAUCAAUGUCGUCCUGUCAGCCACACACACAAUGUGAAAAACAAAACCUUCAGCUGAUAAAAGCAGGAAAUACUUAAUCUGAUGCUGAAUGUGGAGAAAAGAUAAACAUCGAAGCAAUAGUGCAUGGAAUAUUGCUCAGUGUGCUGUAUAGUAUCCUUGCUCUGGAAUGGAUUUUUGUUUUAUAUUGUUGUAUAUCUGAUAAAAUCAAAAAAUGAGACUAUUAGGUAAGAUGAAAAAAUUACAUCAAAUAUUCUUUGCACAUAAUUAAAAGUUAAUUAAUCAUUGUUUUAAUAACUGUAAUAUUUUACUUUUCACAGAUAAGUUCACAAAAAAAAACAAUAAACCCCCAACAGUAUGUAGGUUUAUUAACUGAACAGAUGUUGAUAGAAAUAUUCACUUUAUUGAAGAAAUCACUGACUUUUCUUCUACUAAUAGGAUCAAAAAAAAGAAGCAGAACAAAAUUCCCUGAACUCCCAACCAGAAAGAACGACUGAAACUUUCUGCUCCUCCAGAGUUACUGAUCCUCUACACACAACUUAAUGUUGUUAGAAAUGUGUUUAAACAUAUUUAAUGAAUACUAACUGCUUAAUUUCAGGGGGUAGAUAGUUGUUCAACCGUUUGUAAAUUUAACUCAGUUCUUAUCUAAAGUACAGUUUUAAAAAGAGUAGUAAAUAUAAACUGGUAAAUUUAUCAGCUCUGUGACUGGAAACCAUAAUGAUUACUGGAGGAAACCUUCAGUAAAUCAAUAACUUUAUAUGUAAUGAAAAAGUCUUUUUGUUCAGUUUUCAGACUAACCAGAAUUCUGAGAAUCUCAUCUGUAAUUUUAAUAAUCAGCUCUAAAAUCAGGAUCUGAAGCCUUGCUGCUUUCAUCAUUCCCAGAGUGCGAAAUAUGGGGGGGUCCGGGGCGGUUCGACCCCUCCAAUUAACCCAUGAGCCCCCCUGAAAGCCUCAAAAGCAAAAUUUAAAGGGUGUCUUAAAUUGUCUUAAAAAAAAUAAAAAAAAAAUAAAA